GCCCAAGGAAAGAAGUCUCAGUGCGAUCUGAAACAUCUCUCUCAAGCCAGCAGAGGUUCAAGAGAAGUGAUAGGAGUGAUCAGCCUUAAGGAGGACCGUGCGAAGUAAGAUCAAGAAACCGUCGAUCGCAAACUUCUGGUUUUCUCCGGAGCUACUGGUUUGUUCAGCUUCCUACGAAUGACACCAUCUUUGAUGCCUAGUCAAAGACUCCUACAGCACUCAUCUAGAUCGUUCAAGGGAUCAUUCGCGUUGAAGAAGGACAAUGUCUGGAACUUGCAUGCAAUUUUUAUUCUUUGGUUGGGAUACAUAGGGGAGAUGUUGAGGUCAAUUUGGACUACCCACAGGGCAGCCUCCGCUCAUGCGUGUCAGGCUGAGGAGAAGCGUUGGCAAAGGCAGAACUCGCUGCGGCGGAAAUCAGAAUCGAUGAAAGACGACUAUCAGCAGCUCCUGCAGAUCAUGCAAGACUGUUGCCAGAGUGGACAUGUGGUCCUGACAAGUCCGCCAUCGAAGCUUGAUAGCAGGAGGAGAAGGGAGCAGCAAACCCACCGGAGAAAGAGCAUGACUCUAUUAGAAUGCAAGCAACAAGUAGAUACUCGAAGGUCAAGGUUGGAAGCCAACACACAUGCUGCCUGGAACUCGCAGCAAGGCUACAUGGUUGCCGGCUCACCAGCACCACAAACUUUUGAGAAGCUAAAGCGUAGAAAUGAUAGGAUUCUAUCCAAAUGGGUGGAAAUGUAAUAAAGUGUAAUCUAUUCC